AUAUCUAAAUGUUAAAUGUAUAUCUAAAUGUUGAAUUUAUAUCUAAAUGUUAUAUCUAAAUCUAAAUGUUAUAUCUAAAUCUAAAUGUUAAAUUUAUAUCUAAAUGUUAUAUCUAAAUGUGUCGCCAAGUGUAAAACUAAAUAUUUAGAAAAUAUUCAAAUUCCAAAGGAAACCACGCCCACUGCAGCGGCACAGAUCGCACGGCACCGCCCCCACCCAACACGAAGAUGCUGAGAAAGGUCAAGGAGAAGCCAACUGCCAAAAAAAAUCGAAAAAAGAAGAGGACUUUGAAAGGCAGGCAUGGCAGGCAUGGCAGGCAUGGCCUUAGGAGACAUUGAACGGGCGGUUACUGCGGGUGUGCUGGCUGCACUCAAUGGUGUUGCUCCCCCGGUCCAGACCACAACAUCAACGGUUUCAACACCAGCGGUGCCCAGUGCCACACGCACUUCAAACUUUGCCUCCACCUUCUCAUCACGGAGAUCAGCUCCUCUUCCAUCAUUCCCUCGACGUAAUGGGGCUCAAUCGGGAUACUUGAGACGAAGGCAUGUCAAAACAUACACAAAGGAUGUUGUAUGUUUACCUUUUUCACCAGGGUUAUCGGUCUUCGUUAUACCCAGAGGAGAAACUCGGACCAGGUUAGCUACGGCUGGCCUUGUUGGAAAAAUUUCAUUUUCCACAGAAUGGUCUGAAGACCAAGUGAGAGCUGAAAUAACAGCCAUCUUCAGUGGAGCAUUUGGGUUAUCAGAGCACCAGUCACUUCCAUUUCAGUUUUUGAGCACCAUCAAGGGGUGUAAAAAACUGAUGAAACCAAAGGUCACCUCCAAUUUCCCCUGGGGUGGUAAAGAAGUUGCCUCCGUGUGUUCCGGCACUUGUCUGUAUAUCAUGCCAGAAAUGGAAGUUCCUGCGCAGAGCUGGUGUGUGGCAAUGGAUGAUGACAGUGACUUUGAAAUCCCGGUUGUACAACGGAGAGUGAGUCAGAGAGAUGCACCGUCCAGAGCCCAGAGGGAACACUGUGAGAGGCAAGAGAGGGUGGAAGCCAGUGCUCCAUCCGAUGAUGGGAUGGAACUACAGGGACAGCGAGGGCCAAAUGAAGCUAUGAAUCACUUUGCAGAUUUCAUUCCUAUUGAUAUUGAGGAAGAUGAAGCCUUUGAGGAGGCAAUCAGAUGCAGUCUUUUAGAAGAGUCUGUGCAGUCCUUACAGGAUUCAAGGUUUGCAGAAAUUUUGAGCAAAGAAGAAGUUAUAGGAAUUGUGAAAGCUCACAGUGAGAGGGUUGUCACAGAAGCAUACAGACCGAUCUACAUCAGCAGAGGGAACGUGUGGACAACUGCUCUCCGACAGUUUAGAAGACGGAAAUUCACGGAGAGCACCGAUCUGCUGUAUGUCACCUUUGCCAGUGACGAAGGCACCAACGAAGAUGGAGAAGACCUCGGAGGGCCAAGGCGAGAAUUCUUCCGUCUGCUUGUGAAAGCCAUCUUCAAAGAGAGUGGAGCAUUUGAAGAGUCUCUAAAUGGCUUCACUCCAAGAAUGAACAUUUCUCAUGUGCAGAAUGGAGUGUACCGCACUAUUGGCCAGAUGAUAUCUACCAUCAUCGUCCAGGGUGGUGAACCUCCAGCCUUCCUUUCUCCUCUGGUCAUGGACUACCUACUGACAGAAUGCAUCUUUCAGUUGAAGGUCACUCCAGAUGAUGUAGCUGACAUGGACCUGAGAGAAGCCCUGAAGAAGGUUGAUCAAGCAUUAACCACAGAUGAGCUGGAGCAAGCAGUGGAAUGCUGUGACUCAUGGAGAUACCAAAUCGAAGGUCUUCCGAACCCAGUCAGCAUGGACAACAAAUAUGCAUUUGUGCAGAAUGCAAUACUUUUCAAUGUCCUCAUCCAACGACAGAGCUGCUAUGAUCAGUUGGUUGAGGGUUUGAAAUACUACGAGGUUCUGCCACUCCUGAAAGAAAGGCCUUGCCUUAGGGUCCUUCUUGAUAUGCCCAAAGAACCCAGUGAUGUCACAGCAGAUGUUGUGGCUACCCUCCUGAAACCUAACUACUCUGUUCUGGGAAGUAACAGAAGACCAAGAGAGGAGUUAAUGGUGGUUAAGUUCAGAGAGUUUCUUCACUGUGUACAAGAGAAGGAGCUUGGGGAACAUCUUAACGCCAGGAACCUCACUGAGGCAGAAAAGGCGUUUAUCCUGACAUUGAAUCCUGGACACAUCCUAGCCUUUGCAACGGGAAGCAGCAACGUUCCUGCAAUUGGAUUUUUUCCCAGUUCAAAACUGACUUUUGUUCAUGAUGACAUGAAGCACUUCCCCAUUGCUCACACAUGCUCAAAUGAGCUUCAGAUAUUUGUGAACAGAAAGAAUCUAGCAGAUGACAAUGAAUUUGAUUACAAUUUGCUGGUGGCUCUGAUGAAUGGAUCAACUUUUAGUGCAGUGUAGUCUACUACAAAAAAAAAAAACAAUGCUUGGAUUGUACAUUUGGAGCCUGAACUUUUAAUGGAUGGACAUUAGGUUUACAAGCUGAGAAUCUGUUGUAGCAUGUUUGGACAAGGCAGUGUAUACUCGUGUUUUUAUAAAUUUGUUUGCUUUUAUGAGGUUGCACUUCAUGUCGUUGUCAGUAUUGUGCAUUUUUGCUGUUCUCAGGUCUGUUUUUGUCUGAUUAAUAUUCAUUGUAGCUGUAUCAGACAGACUAUUGUUUUCAUUCCAUUUAAUGAUUUAAAUGCAGUAUUUUAAAUAAGUGGCCAGUUCCUAUAAAUAGACCAUUCCAGAAACUCUGAAUAAGUUGUGUACGGCUUUAGUAAUGAACAAAUGUUUCAUUUGAUUGAUGGCAUUUUGAUUAAAUGCCACUUGCAAAAAAACAGCUUUUGCUUUUCUUGUCCAGUAUCAACAGGUGUGAUAAAAGUUCAUGGAAAUAAAUGAAUCAAUGAGAGGAAUUUCAAAAGAAAAAAGUAUAUAUCUUUAAUAUGUUCAUAAAGCUCACAGGUGUCAGUCAUCUUACAAAGCAAGUUACAGUUGGUUGCUUCACACUUUCACUGUUCUGGCAUGAUAUAACCACCACACACCACC